AUGAAUGAUCAAAGACAAAAUGAUCGUGAUCGGGAGCUCUUUUCAGAGCUCAUAGAACACCCGAUUCACCCUCAUCUUAUACAAGUAGUUCCACCUUUUCUUGAGGAAAGUAAUCCAGUUUACAUGAUUCAAAUAAGCGGUGAAGCAGCCUGGAAAUGCAGAGAGUUUUACUGGAUGCCUCGUAGAGUAUUUGAUUCACUUCAGGCGAGCAUCCUGCCUCUCGGCUACAAGCUAAAUGAAUCCUCCUGCGACCGCGUUGGUCGCACAGUCGGCGAAAAUAUAAGGAGAUUUAAACGCAAGAUGGACCCAAUUACAAGCAGUAAACAGAGGCAAAAAGUACGAGCCGAGACGUGGGUUAAAAUUACAAUAAAACCCGAGGAGAUCGCGCUAACACCAAGUGACAUGUUGGCAAAGGUGACGAAAAAGAACAACGCCCUUUCGACCACAGUUGAAGAAAAGACCGCCGAGUUAUACAAUUCAGAGGGUAAGAGACUUGCCCACAAUGGCAAACACUUUACAGAAGUCGGAAAGAAACAGCAGAAGAGACAGUUAACUGAGAUACGGUAAGUCGGCUUUUAAUUCCCUCUUGUUGCCAACGUAAACAAUUUGGUUGCUUAGGAAAUUAUAUAUGGACCUGUUGGUGAAAUUCAACGUAUUGUUUUGUUAUUUCUUUGCAGAAGAAAAGCCAAAGAUGCACUCUGGUUCGGAGAAACGUACGGAUUAAUGCCCGAGUCCUUCAGGCUCCGGGAUAAAACCGGACAGAGCCAUGACAUCAAUUUAAGAGAAAUUCCAGCAGGUAACCAAACUUCAAAAAACCAGUAUACUGCAACUGUAGAGUAAUUCACGAGAGCAAAAGAUGACUCUCCUCAUAUCACUUUCAUAGCAGAUGGUCCUGACAAAGAAAACAUGUCGAUUAGUGGAGCAGUUCCUGAAAUUCAAAACGAAGACCAUUCGAGGCGAGGAGACAGUUCCAAAGGUAGGGAG